AUGGUCUCAAGUCUCUCAGCGGCGCUCGCCCUAGUCUCCACAUUGCCAUGGGCCUCGGCUGCCUCGGUGGCCACGCGUCAAUCUACGGGUGACGGCGAGUGUCGCGACGUCCACGUCUUUCUCGCCCGCGGGAAUAACGAGCCAUAUCCGGGCCGUCAGGGAAAGCUCGUCACAGCCAUUUGCGACGGGCUCGAUAGCUGCGAUUACGAGGACAUUCAGUUUUGGAACCCACUGGAGGCGCCAUACUGCCAGUCUGUGGAAGAGGGUGCUGCGAACGGCACUGCACAGGUCACCGCGUACAACAAGCGGUGUCCGGACUCGAAGUUGGUGUUGAGUGGGUACUCACAGGGAGGUCAUGUCAUCGGCGAUAUCCUGGGUGGUGGAGGUGGCACGUUCUUCCAGGGUUGCCAACAGACCCCGAACGCUGGUCUUGACGCAACGAAGGCUCCUGGAAACAAGAUCUCUGCGGUGUUGAUCUUUGGUGAUGUUCGACACACCGCCAGCCAGCCGUACAACUACGAGUCGGGAUCCGGAGCUAACGGCCUCUUCCCCCGUCCGGAUGACCAGCUCGCUGGCAUGAAGGCCUACGCUGCUUUCUUCCGCUCGUACUGCGUGGAGUCCGACCCGAUCUGUGCCGGUGGCGACACGGCCGCCAACCAUCUCAACUACUUCGACAUCUACUCUGGCAGUGCUGGAAAAUGGGUUCAAGAAGUCGUUGGGGCCCAGACGACCAGCUCUUCUACGAAAUCAUCAGCAACCUCGACCAAAGCCGCAUCAACCUCGGCUAGCGCUUCCGCGAGCGCCACGACAGAGAUCACCUCCGCUGCACCGACCACGGAAGCUGCAUCAACCGGAGGAUCUACCCCAGCCCCAACAUCCGAUAAUGCCGCGGCUUCUUCAACCCCUACGGGCGCCAGCGCAGCCGGCGCUUUGGAUUACAACAAGAUGCUUCUCAGCCUGGCCGUUGUCGCUGGAUUGAUGAUGGCCUGCUAG